UCUUCACCUUCCCUCCUCUUUCUACCAUCGUUCUUCAAUCUUAUCUGUUCAUAUUUUCAACCUUUUUUUAAAAAAAAGCUUCAUCGUUGCCGCCGUGAAACUCCGCGUGCGCCGUUUUGUUCUCAUGAAACCCACUUCAGGCAGCCGCACCUGGCAUUACUGUAGCGUCCGGCCGCCGCUCCCCAUCGCUUUGUCGCCGAUUUCGGCCGCCAUUAACCACGUAGGUAAUCAUUAUGUUGAAUUCUCCAUUUCAAUUUCACAAGCCUGUUACUUGUCUCCACAAAACUGGUUACUACUCUUUUCUUACUCAUACAAAUGUUUGUCAUAGGAACUACCUUAGUAACAACAUUGUUUUCUUGUUACAACAACCAAAUCAUUCUGUAUCUGUUCCCUUAAUUCGGUCAUUAGGGUUUCAUAGUGUUGACAUUGCUCUUCCUCAACAAAAACAUGAUUAUCUUGAUGAUGUUGUUGUUGAUGAUUUUGAUGAAGGAAGAGACAAAUUGUCUUCAUAUUUUGUGUCAAACAAGAAAUUGUGUCCCUUGGAAGAUGAUGUUGAUGUGUCUUUUGUGAUGGAGAAGGAUUCGCAAUGUCGCGGUUCGGAAGAAUUGGAACGUGAGAAUGAGAAUGAGAAUGAGGUUAUGUUUUUGGAGGAAAUGGAUGUGAAUGUUUUGUCGAAUAGGAUUUUGGAGCUUAGUAGAACUAACAAGAUUAGAGGUGCAAUGGAGUAUUUUAGGUCGAUGAAGUUAUUUGGGCUUUGUCCGAAUAUCCAUGCGUGUAAUUCUCUUUUGUCUGGUCUUCUGAGAAACGGGUCGUUUGAUGAUUGCUUUAAAGUGUUUGAUUUUACGAAAGCGAAAAGGAUAGCUACUGGGCAUAGUUAUAGUUUGAUUCUUAUGGCAUGUGCAAAAGCUCGAGGAUGUGAUUCGGCCGUUGAUUUUUUUAGAGAACUGGAAAGGGAUUGUGAUGUAGGGAGAGAUUUUGAUGCGGCUGUUUAUAAUACCGUGAUAUCUAUUUGCAAGGAGGUUGGCAAUUGGAGCGAAAUAGAGAGGUUGUGGAGGAGUAUGAAGGAAAAUGAGUGUGCUCGAACGCUGGUUACGUAUAGGUUGUUAGUUAGUAGUUUUGUACAUUGUAACCAAAGUGAGCUAGCUCUUUAUGCUUACCGUGAAAUGGUUCAAAACGGAUUUGAACCAAACAACAAUAUAUUAAAUUCGAUUGUUUGUGUAUGUGCUAAGGAAGGAAGAUGGGAUGAUGCAUUGAAUUUCUUUCAGAAAAUGAUGACGGGCGACUUUAAACCGAAUUUAGUCGCUUGCAACGCGUUGAUUAACUCACUUGGAAGAGCCGGGGAGCUCAAACUAGCAUUUCAGGUCUACAAUACGAUGAAAUCGUUGAGCCUAAAACCAGAUGUGUAUACAUACAAUGCUCUAAUGAGUUCUCUUAACAAGGCCAAUAAGCACGGCGAAGCUCUCCGGCUUUACAAGUGGAUAGAAAGAAGUCAAAUGCUUGAAUUCAAUAAACAUUUAUACAAUACUGCUUUAAUGUCUUGCUCGAAGCUUAAAUUAUGGGAUAGAGCGGUUGAAAUUCUGUGGCAAAUGGAAGCUUCUGGACUGUUGGAUUUGACAGUUUCGUAUAACCUAGUGAUCCGGACUUGCGAGCUUGCGUCGAAGCCGAAAAUUGCAUGGCAGGUGUAUGAGCACAUGGUUCACCAGAAGUGCAGUCCAAACAUAUUUACUUAUCUUUCCAUAGUAAGAUGCUGCACUAGAGGAGAUCUCUAUGAAGAAUUAGAAGAAAUCUUAAAUAAGGUUGUGCCAAACGCGGCUCUUUAUAAUGCCGCUGUUCAAGGGAUGUGUUUGCGUGGCAAGGUUAACUUGGCAAAUGAGGUUUACACAAAAAUGCUAGAGCACGGGCUUGAACCUGAUGUCAAAACACAAGUACUGAUGCAUUCAAAGAUAAGGAAAUAAUUUAUUGAUUGCUAUCGGCUAACAUAACAAAGUUUCGAAACAUGAUCUAAGGGAGGAUGAUGAAUAAUUCUUGUUAGAGUGCUAGGAAACAGAACGGACGCAAAUGUUACUGUAAGUUUGUAACAACUGUAUAGUUACCAUCUUUAUAAUUCCUCCUUCUCCUAUGGUCCUGAGUUAUCUAAAAAAUUUGCUUGUUUUCAAGAUAUCUUCCCAAUGUCAAAGCUUUGUAGAUUAUAGAACAAACUGUUAUUACAGUUAUUUUUUAAUCUUUUGUUUUGCAUACA